AUGGCCGACAAGUCCACCCCCGAGAACUGUCCUAAACCAACCAUCGCCGAAGUGCUCGCCCGCAACAACAACCCCGAGCAAUGCCCGCUCUACGACGAGCACAUCUUCGAGGAGCCCUAUCUCGACUUUAUCCGCGAUGACAUCGAUAAACGCCACGAGGAGAGAAUCAAAGUCAUGGAGCAGAAACUCAAGGAGGAAGGGAUUAGACUCGAGGGAGUGGUGAGGAACAAACUAGAACAGUUGAAGAAGGCGGGUGAGAAAGGGAAGGGGAAGGGGAAGGGCAAGGAGAAGGAGAAGGAGAAGGAGGGGGAGAACCAGAAGGAGAAUGGCCCAUCUAGUGAGGGCGGGGGAUCAAAGAAUAGGAAUUUGGAAAUACUCGUGGACACGCAACUAGAAGGGUAUCGUGAUUUCGUAAACAUGUUUAAUGAUAUGGUAAAUGUGGCUCCACCCGGAGUCGAGGUUGAUCAGCCUGGCAUCUACCGAAGGCUCCGGCACGUAAGGGAGAGCGCACGGGCGGGCGAGGAUGUUCUGGAAUUCUUGACCAAGCAUAUACCGAAGUAG